GUAUACAUGAACACAUUUUAUGGUACGGCUGGAGAUAGCAAGUCUCCUUUCUUCCUACGUGAACUUGCUAGGGGUGUCACAUUGGCCGGACAGAGAAAUAUCAAACUUGUUGCAGAUUUCGUUAAAAAUAAGGGAUUUGGGAUAAAAUAUGGUAAUACUGAUUCCUUAUAUCUCGUCUGUCCAAAAGAAUGUUUCCAGGAAUGUGAUGAGGCAUAUGACAAUGGUAAUGGGAUCUCGAAAAAAGAAUAUUGGUCUAGAAUGAUACAAAUCUCUAUGGAAGAAAUUGGAAUAUUCCGCGACGAAGUUAAUACUUUUCUCAGAGAAGAUAAUGGUUCGUCUUAUCUUAAAAUGGCGUAUGAGAAAGUCUUAUUUCCGGUAGUUUUUACUGGAAAGAAAAAAUACUAUGGUAUUUCACAUGAAAGCAAGCCAAACUUUAAUAAAGAGCUUUUCAUCCAGGGAGUUGAGAUUGUGGAUAAUUCACGUACCUUACAUCAAAUCAUAAAAGAUGUUCUUAGGGAAACUGUAAAAGAUAUUUCUCGAACAGAUCUUAAUGAAAUAAUUAAAACUGCAGUGUGGAAGCCUGAUAAAGAUAACAAGAGCCUAACACCUGAGCCUUAUCUUUAUCAAAUCCCAGAACCAGGCGAACGCUUUGAAUAUGUUGUAGUUGAGAAUAAUUCAUCGGAAAGAGUGGGAGACAAAAUGGAGUACCCAGAAGUAGCAAGACGACUUA